GCCAAAAUGGCGGGUGCUAAACCGUUUGUUGACAAUAAAAUAAAGCAAAGAAAGGUUUUGCUGUUUUCUAAAACAUAUUCUCCCGCUUGCAAUGAAGUAAAAGCCGUUUUAAAAAAAUAUGGAGUGAUGUUUCCUAGCUACGAAGUUGUAGAAAUUGAAGCUCGUCAAGAUUGCAACCAAAUAGAAAACUAUUUUCAAGUAUUAUGUCUCACGGACAGAAGAGAGGUCCCACAGCUGUUUAUUGGUGGAAAAUAUGUUGGAGGAGAGAAAGAGAUUCAUCUUCUACAGGAAUCUGGAGAACUUAAAAACCUGCUAGUCCAAUCUGGAGCUCUUAAGACACUUUUUUGAUUCUUCAUUCCACUGCAUAACCAAGGAAUGCAGUCAAUAUGACUGUUCUAAUCCAUAGAUAAGCAAAUAGACAGCUGUUCAUUAACUCAUUUACAAAAAUAAUCUAUUAAAGAUGUGAUUUAAUUUUAUUUAACCUUAAAAUGUUACAAAUAAAUCUAUAAUUCUAAUCUGAUACGAUGCUCAUUGAUUUCCAUUAAAGCAAAACUUUAUGACAUCUUACAUUAUAAAUCAUUAUUGUUAUUUUUUACUCAUGAAAUAUAUUUCUUUUAUUAUACCAGGAGAACAUAGGCAAUGCUGUUAUAUUUUGUAUUUAGUUAUUUCUUUUUUGAUAUUUAUUUUACACAUUUAUUUUGAAUAAAUAAUUAUGA